AGCAGAGUGAAUUCUUGUCAAGAGAAUCAUUAUCUGCGAGUUCCAAGAUUAAGGCAGUUAGGUAUUCCAGUUCUGCAGCCAAUGUAGAUGCUUUCUCCAGCACCUACCCUCUCUGCCUGGUUGUCCAUGGUUCCAAAAUAUGAUCUGUGGAUAAGCAUGUUUCUGUCUUCGGACCUUCAUCCUUUAAAUUGGCGUAAUCCCACGUCCACCAAGUAAAAUAUUGACUAGAACUAAAUGGACGGUCGUACAAUUAACCAGAAAGUUUACUGAGACAACACGCGUUUCUGAACUAGCAGAGCAAAAUUUGUCAUGAAUUUGUGUCUGGACUGAAUUAUCGACAAGACAAGACAUCCACCACCAAAAAUCAUUUGUUUUGUGAGAAUGAUCCGGGCAUAUAAAAAUCGAUUAGCAUAGCUACAUAUACAGUUUCCAGUCAAAUACAGUGCAUGAAUCUGGUUGAAUUGAUGCUACCGUGAUAUAUGGAGUUUAGUUACCAACAACUUCACUCCCUUUAUAUUCAGACUAGGAUACAGUCAUUUGAUAUAUAAAUAGGUUCUGUCGGUUAACAUUAUUUUUUUCAAAACAAUCUAAGAGUUCAGAUUUCCAAGAACUCAGAAACAGUGACAAGGCUCAUCAUUUAAAGAUCUCAACAACUGGAUAUUUUACGAUAAAAAAGGAUGAAUUCGACGGAUGGUAAUUUGAUUUCCUUGCCGAAUCUUUCUGGUGUUGGCUUCGAAAAGAUUUGGAGUGAGAGUGUUUUUGUAAUAUCCCUAAUCUUCGGUGCUAUCCCAGUCGUUCCAUGUUUCAUUACGCUGAUCAUCAUCCUACUCAACAAGAAUCUGAGGAAGGAACACAAUAUCAUACCAUUCAACAUCAUCCUCUCCGAUCUGAGUGUCGCCAUCAUAAGCUUGUACCUCUUUGCAACAGCCAACCUGCAUGUAGACAUCAACUUCAACAGACUAAUGAUGGCUUUGAACAUCCCCUUCGAUUUCACAUCUCUAUUGCUCAUCCUUCUCGCUGCCCUCCAUCAGUUCAUCACAAUCCGGGUUGACCCCUUUGGCGCGCAUCACAUCAUCACGCCACCGCGAAUCAUAUGCGCAUGCGUAGUGACCUGGCUCAUACCGGCCAUCUCCAUGGCGCCUAUUCUGUGGGCGAGAAGUCACACGUUUUUUUUUUCAGUAAUACUACUCUGGAUUGGGAUUGGGGUCAUGGCGCUUACAGGCCUCUUCUACGUCCUCAUCUACAGGUCUAUAUCUUCAAACCCACCGGGACUUUCUUUUUCGGAGGAGAGAAAGCGCGAAAACAAGACGGUAUUUCACACCAUUUUGCUCGUGUAUCUCACCACACUUAUUCCUAGAAUCAUCAAUGCUCUUUCGUUUUUCAUUCUCAUUCACCAUCCGUCUGCGAUUGUCAUGCUUCUUGGGAAUAUAGCCCUCUACGUGAGCCGAGUUUUGAACACUUUGGUCUACUGGUGGCGCCAAAAGGAAUUUAGAGCUUUGAUAACUCAGUGUCGAAAAACUAAAGUUGAUAUUGAGUACUGAAAGAUUAAGAUUUUCAAUCUACGUUUUACGAUUUAUAUUGCUAUUCUAAUGAUCUUCUUCCAGGCGAUAGCAGCCUGUAGCUGUCGGGGUAGCUGUACGGAAACGUGUAACAAAUGUAUUGUAAUCCACCAUACAAAUUACGAUUUGUCUGCGACCCGAUUUGGAAUAAAAUCUAGUGAGGAUUUGAGGAGAAUAUUGAGGAAACAUCUUAUUGUUUUUAAAGGACACGUCCAUCCCAACAAAAGCUGACUGGAAUA